AUGCCGACCUACCUCUGCCACGGCUUCCGGUGGCACCGCAAGAGCAUCUGCUACUUCAUCGUCAUCCAGAACCUCGAAGACGGCGCCCCCGAGUGGGUCGUCGCCCCGCGCAGCCAGCAAGCCAUCCUCGACGCCUUCGCCGAGCUCUUCGACUUCCUCCCCUCGCAACCCCCGCCGCCGCCCCAGCCGAACGACUCGUCCUACCAUUCGCGGGACGAUUCGUACGAGAACCGCGGUGAGGAGGAGCGCAGGGAGCGGAACGGCGGCGAGGACAAGAAGCCGAAGAGCCGGAGCGCACCGCGGAAACGCAGCAUAUCCUCCCUGCGACGGCCGAAGACGAGCGCGCGCGACGACACGCCCCCUCCGCCCGUACCGCCGCUGCCCCCGCCGCCGCUACUGUCGCCACUCCCAUUGCCGGACGACUCCAACGCCUUUAGUGCCGACUACUCGCCGGUGAAGCUUCUGGAGGAGUUCGACCCGACCGACGAGACUUCUGUCAGCCGACCCUGGGCCUACGUUGCCGACCAUGUGAUACGCGUGGACACGUCCGUGUCGAUCGCGGACGAAAUCAGCCGAUACGAGAACCAGACGAAGACGGAGCAAGACAGACCCAUGAGCGGCCCGAGCGACGAAUCGGGCAGGAAGCUGACUGGGUCCGGCAACAAGAAAGCAGGCUGGCUCGAGAAGCUGCGGGAUCAGCUGCAGAGGGGCGAGCUUAUACGGUGGUACGUCGUGGUGUGCGGUGACGAGCUACGCGAGAACCCGCCGCCGGAUGAGGAAGACGACGAAGAGGAGGAUAUUGAAGAAGAACAAGAUGAGUACGAGCAGAGCAGCACCAGGAGUCAGGAGCGGCGGCGCUAUCGGCAAUCACAGUCGACGCAGUCGACGGGCCCGUCGGUCAUUGAGAACGGCUUCGAAUUCAGACUGCCGGAAUUCGCUGGCCUGGCAGAGAGACCUCCGACCGUCAAGCUGGAACGAAGGAGAGCAAGGACGUUACCUGCUCCAUUGGCCAUGACGCCUCAGGAGGAUAUCGUGCCCCCGCCGCCGCAGCCCGCGCAGGAUGCUGGCAAGUUGUCCGGCACGGAUAACUUCUUGAGACCCAAAACACCUAAAUCGGGAGGGGGUCUGCGGAGGCUGUUUUCGAGGAGGAGUACGGAAGGCUCAAACUGA